AUGGCCAGUCACCUGGAGCUGCUGACGGAGCUGCAGCAGCUGGAUAAGGUGCCCAGUCUGGAACGGCUCCGGGCCGCGCAGAAGCGUCGCACGCAGCAGCUCAAGCGAUGGGCCGUCUACGAGAAGGAAAUGCAGAACAAGAAGCGCAAGGCCGACAAACGCCGCGGCCACGGGAACCUGCGGGAGAACCACAGGAGGGUUUCGUUUGCGGCGAGCAUCGCUCUGCUGGAGGCCUCUGCGAGGAACGAUCCGGAUGAAGACCUUCAAAAUGAUCUGCACAUCACAGCGGCGAACGGUUAUGCAGAGGCUGCAGAGAUGCUGUUGGAGGGAGGAGCCAGAACAGACAUGAAGGAUUCUGACGGGUGGACACCGUUACACGCCGCGGCAUGCUGGGGACAGGUCCAUGUGGCCGAGCUGCUGGUUUCUCAUGGUGCCAAUCUAAACGCCAAGACAUACAUGGAGGAGACGCCCAUAGAUCUGUGUGAGGAUGAGGAGUUCAGGAAUCAUCUGCUGGAGUUGAAGCACAAACACGACAUCAUCAUGAAAUCACAGCUGAAGCACAAGACGUCACUGUGCCGCCGGACCAGCAGCACGGGGAGCCGCGGGAAAGUGGUGCGGAGGGCCAGUCUGUCCGACAGACACAAUCUCUGCAGAAAGGAGUAUCAGACCGAAGCCAUCGUGUGGAGAGGAGGACGAGAAGAAGAGGAGCGAGAGCGAGAGUCUGACCAGGAAAACAGCCACUCGACGCAGCCUGAUGACGUUCCUCGAGCGCUGGGGAUCCUGAAGGACGGCGGCCGACAGAACGGCUGCAUCUCCAGCACUCCAGCGUCGCCCACGUCUAACGGUGACCCCGUGACCCCUGACCCCUGUGACCCCGAGGAGCUCAAGCCCAAAGAGCGUGCGCAGACGCUGUCUGAACUCAAGAAGCAGCGCGCCGCCGCCAAACUCCUCAGCCAGCCCGUCCUCAACGGCCACCUGGGAAACGGCUCGACCAAACCCAGUCCGGAAGAUCCGCGCAUGCCGCUGGUCUCGUCCAAUGGCAGCGCGGUCUACUUCACGCCGGCCAGCGGAGACCCGCCCCUGCUGAGGUUCAAGCAGCCAAUAGAAGACGAGCUCCAGACGACGCAGCCUGAUGACGUUCCUCGAGCGCUGGGGAUCCUGAAGGACGGCGGCCGACAGAACGGCUGCAUCUCCAGCACUCCAGCGUCGCCCACGUCUAACGGUGACCCCGUGACCCCUGACCCCUGUGACCCCGAGGAGCUCAAGCCCAAAGAGCGUGCGCAGACGCUGUCUGAACUCAAGAAGCAGCGCGCCGCCGCCAAACUCCUCAGCCAGCCCGUCCUCAACGGCCACCUGGGAAACGGCUCGAAUAAGAGUCUUAUCUAG